UUUAAAAUCAUCACAUCUAAUGGAGCUCACGAAGAUAUUACACCACUACUCUCAUUUUUUUGUGGUUUAUGAUUCUGUUACGUCUAUAUCAGUCACAAAAACCCCUAAAAAACAUGUUUUAAAUUCGAAGAACAAACAAGUUUGACGCCCACUUGUUUUGCUUGUUUCCGGGACUCAAACUCUUUCACUUUCACCUUCAUCUAGUGUGCUCGUGUUUUUUUAUUUCUUAUUUUUUCUUUUAGUUUUGGUGUAUUCGUUUAACUUCUGUUGUAAUUAACUAUAUUAUUGACUAUGUAUUCUUAUUUUAGCUCCUACACAGAACAAACUGUUUUACACAAGUAUCUCGGUCAGUUUUGUCGAAUUCAAGCUCGUUUUUUCUGGACUCGGAUCACUUUAAUUUCCGCAUAAUCUUCAUGUAUUUUACAGCGAUGAAAAUGAAAGAACUCUGUAUUUUGUUCGCUGUGAUUGUGAUUGUGGAUGUUGUUUCUGCAGCUGAUGAGCAAAUAUCUGUGUCAGUGAAUGUGGGGGAUUCGCUCACUCUACACACUGGAUAUAUAAGAAAACCAGAAGACAAGAUUAAUUGGUAUUUUGAAGACAAUCGUAUAGCUCAAAUCAGUGGAAAUGUCAUGAAGAUCUGCACUGAUGAACAUUGUGAUGAGAGAUUCAGAGACAGACUGCAGAUGAACAAUCAGACUGGAGAUCUGACCAUCACAAACAUCACAACUGAACACACUGGAAAUUAUCUACUACAGAUUAUCAGCUCAAACUUCAGUGAGAAGAUCUUCAAUUUUACUGUCCAAGCUGGUGUUUCUGGGACUGAUGUAAUUAAGGAGGUGAAGGAGGGAGAGUCUGUCUCUUUAGAUUCUGGUGUAACUGAAACACUAAAUGAUUGGAUCACAUGGUAUUUUAAUGGUAUUCGCAUAGCUCAGAUCAAUGGGAAUCCCAGUGAGGCCUGUACAGAUGUGCAGUGUGAUACUGGAAAUGAGAGAUUGCGAGAACGAUUGAAGCUGAAUCAUCAGACCGGAUCUCUUACCAUCAUAAACACCAGAAUCACAGACACUGGAGAAUAUCAACUAGAGAUCACCAGCAGCAGCAUCAGUCAUCAUCGUCGCAGCAUCAUCUUCAGCAGCAGAAAGACCUUCAGUGUUACAGUCAUUAAUUCAGGACCGUCUUCAGGUGUAAUAGCAGGUAUAAGUGUUGGUGUUCUGCUGCUCGUGACUGCAGUUGUGACUGCUGGAGUUUAUCAUCUCUGUAGAAGAGCAAGACAUCAGGGUCAAACGCAGCCGUGUUAUUAUCAGGAGAAUGACGGAGUGAAUCCACCACCUCAUCAGAAUGACGGACUCGACUCGUUUGAUAACUGAUUAGACUGAGUCUAUCAGUCUGUUUCCCCGUUAACAUUAUUGUAUUAUUUUUGUAUUGAGAAUGAGAGAGAGAUUACAGGAACAGUGUUGAAUCUGAGACAUUAUGGCAGCUAAACUACAUGAGCACCAGCACUGGCAUACGGGACGCCCCUGCGACGUCAUUAAAAGCUCUUAUGACAUUCAGACAAUAAUAUUAUGUUAGAUUUGCACAUAUAGAGUGAUUUUACUUUGCAUAGAAGCCGCAUGAAACUGACAAAUAUAUUGUGCAUUUACUGGUGUAUGAUAUCGUGAUUGUGCCUUGAGAUUGCAAUGACUUCUUGAGAGAUGUGAGGAAGGACUGGAUCAGAGCUGCAUCUAAUAAGCACACACACACACACACACAUACACAAACCAGAAUGAUACAUUUUAUGACUUUUUUCAGUGCAAACUUUUGUUCCAGAAAUCACCCCGUCACAAUCCUGAAACAAUAAUAUAUAGUCUUAGAUAACGGUUUUCCACAUUUGAUUUAACACAUUUUUACUGAUAUAUUUACAAUAUUUUUCUAUUUUCUAAGUAAUUUUGAAUUGUCAUGUUGCGUGCCGUUUAUAAGACCAUUGUUUUAAAAGAUUUUUGUGCAUUAUUUUGAUUUUUCAGUCUUUAGUUGGUCAUUUUAACAUCUCAUGUAUAUUCUCUUCUAUUGUUGAUGGAUUGUAAACACGAGUGAAUGUAGUUACAGGUGUAAAGUGUGACACUCAUCGUUACCUUGUGUUACAUCUUCACCAAAACUUCAGUUUUAUAUGAGGCACAAAAGACAAGCGUUUGUUCAAUGUUUUUAUCUACACUAAAAGUGUUGGUCAGAUCAACUCAAUGUAAUAUUCUAAAACAUUUUCCUCAUAUUGGGGAUAUUUUGAUCAAUAAUUAUCAUGUUUUUGCAUUAUUAUUUUAAAGGAUCUACACUAUCAUCAAUGAUCUUUCAGUGUUUGGUGUAUUUCAGUCUUGUGUUGGGUUUCCUGAUAACGUUGUCUUAACGUUGUACAUUAUUGUUCAAUGGUGCAGCAGCUGUUUUCCAAACCUUCAUGUAGAUCCUCGUUAUUAAGAAGAAUUUGCAUAAUUACUGGAACUGUGAGACCUAAAUAUGUUGAAUAAUGUUUGAUGAUCUGUGCACUUGAAACUGCCAUUGUGCAACAUUAUAUGUGACUGUAAUGAUACAGAAUAACAACAUGCAGCUGAUCAGAGGAAGAAGAAACUCAUAAUGUAUCACAAAAUCUGUUGCUGUAUAUUGAACUGUGAGGUGUUGAUGAAUAGCUCGUAACAGUCUUCUUGAGAUUAUAUCAGAGGGUUUGUGGUAUUUUUUGGAGGUGCUGGUUAAAUUAGAUGAUUUGUGCUAUUGAGGACGCAACCACAAAAUCUUACAAACAUUUUCUUAAAUUAUAAAUGUGCAUUUGUUCAAACUUUGACUUGAUCAUUUUUCUAUGUGAAACAUUUUUAAGUCUUUAAUAAAAUACUGAUUUAGAUACACGGGGUCAUCUUA